CAUUGGAGCUUUCGUGCUAUAGCGUGUGCUUUUCGCUAUGUAUGCGACACUUCAUUCAACCUAUAGACAUCGUGGUGCUUCUCAUAUAUACAUACAUUCACGUACACACACAUGCACACACACGGUAAGUGGUGAGCCAUGUUGAGGGAGUCCUCUGUAAUUUCUUGAGCUUUUUUCGGUGGCUGAGCCGCUCCACAGACUCUACCAUCAUCCGUGUGGUAUCAACCCGUGAAUUUUUGCGGGGAGUACCGAAAGAAUGGUGUAUCUACGCGAAGUGGAUUCGUACAUCUGUAUCGGGUGCAGGGCGUUCAAGAAAGCUGUGCUAUCUAGUGGAGCUUUUAUCCGGGAGUUGGUGUGUUGACUCAGAUCACCCUCUGUGUGCAUUUAUAUGUGACAUGAGCAACCGGAGGUGCCCGUCAUUUUCCCUCGGAACUAUCCCAACUGCGCCGGCGUCUCCAGGGUCGCUGUCGUGCCCCACAGUUCGCAGACUCCGAGCUUUCGCCAUUCAUCGCUCAUCGUUUCCGGCCCUGGUAUUCCGUCGCACUUGCGUAAGAGCCCACAGUGAUAGGCACCAAUCGAUGCUCCACCAUCGUCAUCCAUAGUAUUCUACAACAGCAGCGGGUAGUGACCCAAUUUGGGGCGGGUGGACCGUUUUCUAGAUUUGUAAUUCACACGCUAAGUUCCACAAGAAAAUUGCAUUCAACGUUCCCGCAGGAACACCCAACGGUCCACGGAAUACAAAAAACUUGUGCAAAAAGUGCGGUUUCACCAUUUCCCAUUGAAUGCUGUGAAAAAGAAAAGUGAGUGGAAAAAAAGUGAAGGAAAAGUGGCAGAUUUCUCAUCUCUCUGAGCCCCCCGCUGCAAGUAACAAGAGCUUAAAUUUGCAAAAAAAGGAAGAAGACAAUUUCAGUGGAAAAAGUGUGCAAAUGUGAAUUGUGCUGGAUAAUUUUCCUGGGUUUUUAUUUUCGCAUCUUCCAUCAAGGGUUGUUCAUUGCCAGGAAAAAAAAAGUGAAGAAAAAAGUUGCCCCCAAAAGCGCGUCUUGUGGGGCAAAAGUUCAGGGAAAGGGAGACAAAAAAAGUCGAGCUUCCAAGAACUUUGGAGGAAGCAGAAGUGAAAAAGGAGUUAUAUAGAUUCGACGACGGUGUAAGUCAUAUCCAAUAGUCCAGCUGCAGGAGUGUUGGAAAAGUGAAGGAAAAUCCAUCACUUUCCCCACAGAAUUCACAUCACCAUCAUCGCAAAAGAAUUUUAGCGUGCAAAAGUUUGGUGUGAGAAAAGCCAUUGGUUUUUCUUCUGUGCAAUUUCCUCCAUAAUUUGCAAUUUAUCCAGUGUUUCUGCGUGUAUGUGUGUGUGAGUGUGAAGGAAAGGAAAAAAAAAUGUUCAUCAAAAUUGGAUAAUAUGGAGCUCCAUUGUCCCAUCCCUUCAUCAACGAAGAUGAUAUAAAUUUUCCGGUUUCUCUUGAGAGACGAUGUCUUACGACACCCUUGGGGUGUCUGACGCAAUGUUGGACUCACUCAGUUUACAAUUGCGGGAGGCGGAAGCUCGACGGGCUGAAGCUGAAAGAGCACAUCAGGAAGCUCUGGCACAGCUGCGAGGAAUGACAUCUGGUUUGUCGAGAACGGUGGAGCCUCUCGAUGCUUUACAAUCAAAAGCUCGAGAAUUGGAAAAGAAGGCUGCGCUAGAAACUGUAAGAUGCGAAGAACUCCAAUUAGAACUAUCUGCUGCAAUUAAAUCCAAAUCGGGACGACCACAAGUGACUGUACCACCCGCCACUGUAACAUGGGCCCCAACUUCGGGUUCAGAAAUAGAUAGAAUAAUGGCAAAGAUCGAACAGGCACGUUUAUCAAUUGCUAAUGACAAUCGUAUACUAGCUGAAUUAGAACAUCCCCGUACCACGGGUCCUGGCGCUUCGACAAUUGGAGCGCCACCCACAUCACUAGGCGCCGGGAUAUCCUCAAGCCUGUGUCCAACGAGCAUAUCAUCGCUGACUGGGGGCGCGGGCGCUUCCUCAUACGCGGCAGUCAUCACAUCAAGCACAAGUAGCCAUGCACUGACCACAACUGAUGGGAUACUUAGUAGUGCCGCGGCCGCGGGCUCGGCAGCUGCCGCCGCUGCAGGAGUUGGAGGACCAUCGGCUACAUCGUUCCCGGGAGCCAAUGUUUCGCCACUGCCGGUCAGGGCACAUCCAAUUAGCACUAUGCCACCCCUAUGUCAGAGUACCACAAUGCCCGUCCUAUCACUUCACAAUUCGUAUUCGCUACCAUCGGGUUCUGCGAGCUACACGCUGGGCCUGAGCGGAGCGCCGGGUGCAUCGUCAUAUACGUAUGGUACGACAGUGGGCUCAGCGGGUGUUGGCUCAGUUUUGGGUGCUGCUGGUCUCACGGGAGCCGCAUCCACGAGUCUCAUUGGCACAAGUGGUCUCGCAGGACUCGGAGGGACGUCACUAUCUUCGGGUCUUGGUGGCUACAACACAUCCUCCUACUCAACAUACACAAAUCCGUUGCUUACUUCUGGCGCCAUGAAGCUGAAAUCACUCGAUGAAAUUGACUUGGGCUUAGGACGCUAUGGGAAUCGUGCAGGGACCCCGUGCUCACCGAUACCACCACCAUCUUGGGGCAUAGACACCUACUCAGGACUCGAUGGUGUCAAUCCAACGUUCAUGCACACCCAGCGGCCACUUUCGCGCCUCGGUGGACUUGAUAUGGACAGUCGGCAGCAUGGCUUCUUAGCUUUAAAUGGGACGGGAGAGCCACAGGUUGACAUGCUGGACAUACCAGGGAAGGGGAGAUGCUGCGUUUUUAUUGCACGAUUCCCUUAUGAUCCACCAGAUGAUUCGGAAGGAGAAUUAACACUCUGUGCUGGGGACUAUCUUCUUGUAUGGGGAAGUGGAGAGCCACAGAGUGGGUACUAUGAUGCUGAAUUGCUAGAUGGUCGUCGCGGUUUGGUGUCAGCGUCAUUUGUUCAGCGUUUAAUUGGCGAUGAUUUAUUGGAGUUCCAUCAGGCUGUAGUGACAACACUAAGGGAUGCCGAUGAUGCCCCGGUGCCUUUAGAUCCGGCUCCGUUACCACCAAAUAACCCACUGAUGACCCACACUUCGGAGGAUAUGGCAAGGCUAAGUGAGACUCAUGGUGAUCUUGGAACAGACCAAAUGGAAGAUGAGGCUGACACAGUUCCUGCACCUAGACACCUAACGCUGGAGCGCCAGUUGAACAAGAGUGUCCUCAUUGGGUGGUCAAUGCCAGAACCGGCAGGAUACAAUCAGAUAGAAAGCUACCAUGUCUACGUGGAUGGGGUUCUCAAGGUGACUGUGAAAGCUAAUGAGCGAACUCGUGCUCUUGUUGAGGGUGUUGAUUCAACACGGCCACACAGAAUUAGUGUACGCUCCGUAACACAGAAUAGACGUACUUCACGUGAUGCCGCAUGCACCAUGAUCAUUGGCCGUGACACAUCUCAUCUAGGUCCAUCGGCAGUUCGAGCCAGCAACAUUACCUGCUCAUCAGCGGUCAUAUCAUGGCUUCCAGCCAAUUCCAAUCAUCAACACGUAGUCUGUGUAAAUAAUGUCGAGGUCCGAACUGUUAAGCCCGGUGUCUACAGGCACACAAUUACCGGCUUGGCACCAAGUACCCAGUAUAGGGUAACAGUGAGGGCAAAGCAUUUGCGAGCUCCUGGCCAAAAUCCACCUCCGGCUCCGCCACCAGAGGAAGCUCCUGGUGCUUAUACAGAUUUUCGCACAUUAGCUAAAGGACUGCCAGAUCCACCACAAGAAAUACAAGUUGAAGCUGGUCCACAGGACGGAACUCUCCUCGUGACAUGGCAACCUGUCUCGAGACCACCAUCGUCUGGUCCCGUGACAGGAUAUGCCGUGUACGCGGAUGGAAAGAAAGUCACUGAUGUGGACUCACCAACGGGUGAUCAUGCAUUAAUAGAUAUAGGAAAGCUAGUGGGACUGAAUCCAAAAGCUGUCACCGUUCGUACCAAAUCUAGAGACUCACAGUCGUCCGAUAGUCAGCCAACAGCAAUUCCAAAUGUAGUUCGAAAUGCAGCGCGAAAUCGUGCACAACACGCACCACACACCGGAAUUCCGCCACAUAUGCGUAGCCAGCGGCCAGGUCAGCAGCAACAGCAGCCACAGCAGCCAGGAAUGAUGCAGCAACAGAAUCCCGGGCAAAUGCAAAUGAAUCAGCAAAUGCCAAUGACACAGCAACAGCAACAAGUCAUAGAGCAUGACGAGAAUUUGAGUGACAAGGAGGUUUUUCCCGGCUCAAUGCAUCAGCAACAUGGAUUAAUGGGUAGUCAGCAAGUUCGUGGUGGUAGUGGUGGUGGAAUACCUGCCAUUGAAAUCACUAAAGAUGGACCAGGGGAUACAACUUAUGUAAGUGAUGAUAGUGAAUAUCAAGAGACGGGGCGCCGACGGAGUGCCCCUGCAGCACAUCAGCCACAGCAACAGGGAUAUCAAACAAAUCCGUUGUCCCGCAACCCCGCCGAUAGAGUGCGACCACAAAAUCCGGGAAUGGGUCCAAAUCAGCAGUCGCAUCAACAGAUGGGACAGCGUCCGCAACAUCCGCAACAGAUGCAACAGCAGCAGCAGCAGCAACCCUUCUACGGGGGCCCAUCAACGGGUAGUGCCCAACAGAGGGGUCAAAUGGGGCAAAUUGGCCAAAUGGGUCAAAUGGGUCAAAUGGGCCAAAUGGGUCAGAUGGGCCAAAUGGGUCAGAUGGGUCAGAUGGGCCAAAUGGGUCAGAUGUCACAGCAACCACAGCAGCAGCAACGUGUUGGAAUGGCACAGGGACGUGGUCAGAUGUCACAGCAGCAGCAACAAAUGAAGAAGGCACGCUUCUUUAUGGCAAUGUUCGACUACGAUCCCAGCACAAUGAGCCCCAAUCCGGAUUCGUGCGAGGAGGAACUGCCAUUCCAAGAGGGUGAUACGAUUAAAGUGUAUGGUGACAAGGACCCGGAUGGAUUCUAUUGGGGUGAAUUGCGUGGCCGUCGUGGCUAUGUACCACACAAUAUGGUGACGGAAAUUGAGGAAGGUCAAGUGGGGGCCCAAGGAGGUGCGCCACUAACCACUGGGACAACACAGAGUGUCCGUGGUGUGAGUCGAGAUCGCUGGGGUGACAUUUACGCCACGUCGUCGGUGAAGAGAAUGAUUGCACUGUAUGACUAUGAUCCACAAGAGCUCAGUCCCAAUGUUGAUGCCGAGGUGGAGCUCAGUUUCAAGACUGGCGACGUCGUCCUCGUGUACGGCGAAAUGGAUGAGGAUGGCUUCUACAUGGGUGAAUUGGACGGGGUGCGUGGCCUCGUGCCGUCCAACUUCCUUGCCGAGGCACCCGAGCAGUACAAUAAUCAAAUGGCAUCCGGCGGAAUGGGUCGGGGCGGCAUGAACAAUCGCGGUGGCAGAGCGGCUGUACCCGGUGGAUCGGGACCAGGUGCCCGGGGACCACCGCCUCCACCGCGGGACAACAUGAACAUGGGACCAGUGGGUGUUAAUCAGCGUGGUCAGCAAAUGCGAAAAGAUGCUCGCCCUACUUCCCCUACACUGUUAGACACCACGGGCCACCCUGCCCCCGAUCACCAAACGCAGGGGAUGCAGGGGAAAGGAGGGAUGAUCGGUCGCGCGAUCGGUAUUAAUAUGCAACAGCAACCGGGGCAGCAGAAGAUGCAGCAGCCAGGACAGCAGCAGAUGGGCCAGCAACAGAUGGGGCAGCAACAGAUGGGGCAGCAGCCGAUGGGGCAGCAACAGAUGGGACAACAGCAGAUGGGGCAGCAGCAGAUGGGACAGCAGCAGAUGGGUAUGGGGAUGGGAGGUAUGCAGCAACAGCCGAUGAUGAUGCAACAACAGCAACAGCAGCAACAGCAACAGUAUCCUGCGACCACAACGAGUGCACCCCAAACGGGUGGGAUGUUCUCGACGGCGUCCAGCUUAUUCUCGGGCGCAACAAAUGCAGCCACGGGUGGUUUGUUCAACAAGCAACCACCAAAGGGGCCACAAGUUGUCCCGCAGCCAGGGAUGACUCAGCAGCCAUUUGGUGGGCAACCAGCGGGCCAGAUGGGUGGUGCAAUGGGUGGCGGAAUGGGUGCCUUCGGUGGUGGCCUCCAGGGCGCCCAGCAGCCGCAGCAGGGGGCGAUGCCGGGGCAGGCGAUGCCGGGGCAGCAGGGUCCGAAUCUCAUGCAAAAGCUCAAUGAGAUCACGGCACCCGGUGGCGAUAUCCUGUCCAAAGGCAAAGAACUGAUUUUCAUGAAAUUCGGUCUUGGCGGUAAAUAACCCCGACCGCCCCGUUUACUAGUUAAUCGUCUCGAUAUGAUGUGCCCACGCCACGUAGCUGGACGCGACGACACAUCGUUGUUCUUGUUGUUACUGAUACCGUUGUUGAUAUUGAUUCAUAUUGAUAAUAGAAAUUAUAACAAAAUUCUUAAUGACGAUAAUAAUGACGAUUACGAUAAUGAUCUUACGCACAUUAUUUCUGCUUCUGAGCGGAUUCCUAUUAAUUCCUUUCUUGUAUUCUGAAGCUUCUCCCCCAAAAACUAUCCUAACUGCGCCAAUAUAUCCACUAUCCUAGCUAAUUUAUAGCAUUCUUGCACCCAUUUUGCCUCUACUUUCCCUCCCUUCCCCCAAUCCAAGGUCUUUUCUGUGCCGCUCCACCUACACUAAAGUUCAAAAAUGUACGAAAAGAACUAAUUCUUAAUUUAUUUGAGAGGAAAUUUUAUCACAUUGAUUCCACAUUUGGAACAAAUAUGCUCAAUCGCUCCACCUACUAAAAUUAUUCUACUUGUGAAUUUAUAAUAAAAAAGAAUUACCAAAUCAACGAACGAGACGAUUAAGAAAACGAUCCUUCUUUAAGAAAUGAGACCCGAAUGGAAAGCUGUUAACAUUUCUCAUGGUUUUUUGUGAAAAGUUUUAUAUAGAAAUUUUUCCUACGAAAGCUUAAACACCGAUAAUUGAAUGAAAAGCUCCUCUUUUUUAAAAAAUGACAAAAAAUUCGAUAUUAUUUUCGCUAAAAUUCAAAUUUUUAGAACUAACUGUAUACGCGGAUCCUACAAGAAUUUCUUCUUAAAUUGAAGAAAAAUUGAUUCUUAUCGUAUUGAAACCCUCCUACUUUAAUCACUUUAAUGGUUACUGGGAUCAAUUGAAAUUCACAAGUGGAAUAAAUAGUAAGAUAUACGUAAUUUUUGACAAAAAAUCAGCAGAAACAUUUUCGUUACUUUUGGGUAUAUUUUUGAACAGUAGUGUAUUUUGUUCCUCUAGAUCGUCUUCUAUUGGUGAUAAUAUGUUAUAGGAAUUAUUUAAAUAUGAUGCGAGAAAAAAGAAUUAUGAGCCUCAAACAUUGUAUAAUUAGGUGUUUGAAUUGCUAUAAAGCACUGUCUGCAGAAGAUAGAAAAAAAGAAAGAAUAGGAAAGAAAACAAGAUGAAACCAACAUUCUCAAGUAUAUCUGUAUUAUGUAAUCAAAAUCACAAAUUUCUGCUUGCAAUAAAUAUUACGAAAUACACCAAGAAAAAAUUAAAACUUCAAAAUGCAGUUUAAAAGAAAAAUAACAAAAAAAUUGAAAAGUAGGUAAAUGAUAUGAAAAAAAAAAAUCCUGUCCAUAGAAACCACGCAAGGAUGAAAAACCAAUAAAAUGAAGGAUGUUAUGUAAAACUUUCAGCUAAAUGUAAUUUAAUACAUAUAUUAAAAAAAAAGAGUAUCAUGAAUAGGAAGAAAAGUGGAUGAGAUUUGUAUUUUAAAAAGAAAAAAAAACAAGUAAAAUUGCUAGUUGGUAGGUCUUUUAUAUAGAUUUGAAAAUCUUUCAUUUUUUUACCCAUAAAAGAAGAGAGAAACGGAUGAGAUGCGUAUUCUUAAAGAGAAGGAGCGCAAGCAGAACAUAUCAGUAUUGUUCACCAAAUACGGUUAAAAUUUAUUGUGUUGCCUAUGAAAAUCGCGAGAAUGGAGGAAUUUUUCUUUUUAUUCUCUCAACUAGCAAUUUUCCACAUGAGUGUUAUCAUUUAACAAUUUCACAAUUUUGAACAUCGCCUCCCCCUCUCUCCCAUCACAUGGCUGGCUGGAACGGUGAGAUAACCAUAACGUGCAAAAUGAAAAGUCUCAGAGUUGGAGAGUUGCGUAUUUGGGUUUGAAGUAAGUUUUAGGAGAGCUAAAAGGAAAAAAAAAAGAUGAAGGUGUAAUGAAAACACAUGGCAAAAAAAAGAAAA